GUACUAAUAAAGAGAUAAAGAUGUCAAAUGCUUUCAAUAAAAAAAGCAAAAAAAAUAAUAAAGACAUUGAAAAAGGCACUGUGAUUGGUUGUCAUUCCCAUAUAUUUAAGUCCUUGAUGAGUUCAUCAACUCCAACUCUACAACAAAAACCAGUUUCCGAAAUCCUCAAUUAGAUCAUUGUUUUUUUUUUUUUUUUGGUUCUUUGGGUAGCUUUUGCAGCUUUUUUGAUGGGGUUUUGUGGGAAGUUUUGUGGGAAACCAAAAACGAAAGAUAAAGGCAUAAUGGAAGAGGAUGACGAGAAGAUGAAGAUCAAAGGAACGGUUGUUUUAAUGAAGAAAAAUGUAAUGGACAUGAAUGAUCUCACUGCUUCGUUUCUUGAUCGAGUUUAUGAGCUUUUUGGCAGAGGUGUUUCUUUGCAGCUUAUCAGUGCUGUUUAUACCGAUCCUGCCAAUGAGAUGCGAGGGAAGCUUGGGAAACCAGCAAAUUUAGAGAAAUGGAUCACAAAGAUUACUCCAUUAACAGCAGGGGAAAUCACGUUUUCUGUCACAUUUGAAUGGGAUGAAUCCAUAGGUGUCCCUGGAGCUUUCAUAAUAAAGAACCGACACCAUAGCCAGUUCUACCUCAAGACAGUCACCUUAGAAGAUGUUCCUGGUCAUGGCAGGGUUCAUUUCGUUUGCAAUUCCUGGGUUUAUCCGACACAUCGAUACAAGUAUGAUCGAGUCUUCUUCUCUAACAAGACCUACCUUCCAUCUCAAAUGGCUGUACCCUUGCGUAAGUAUAGGGAAGAAGAGCUGGUGAAUCUCAGAGGAGAUGGAAAAGGAUGUCUCAAAGAAUGGGACAGAGUUUAUGACUAUGAUUUCUACAAUGACUUAGCGAUGCCGGAAAGGGGUCAUGAUUUUCAUCGUCCAGUUCUUGGAGGAUCGUUGGAUUGUCCUUAUCCCAGAAGAGGGAGAACCGGUCGGAAACCACACAAAAAAGAUUCGAGAACGGAGAGCAGACUGUUUCUUCUAAGCUUAAAGAUUUAUGUACCACGCGACGAACAGUUUAGCCUCGUGAAGUUCUCAGAUUUCGUUGCCUACGCUUUGAAAUCUUUGUUUCAGGUACUUAUCCCAGAGGUUGCAGCAUUAUGUGACAAAACCAUAAAUGAAUUUGAUUCCUUUCAAGAUGUACUUGAUCUUUAUGAAGGUGGUAUCAAACUACCAAAUGAUGCCACUCUUAAGAAGAUAAGGGAUUGUGUCCCUUGGGAGAUGAUCAGGGAACUUGUUCGUAACGACGGUGAGAGAUUGAUGAAGUUCCCGAUGCCUGCUGUUAUCAAAGAGGAUAGGUCUGCUUGGAGGACAGACGAAGAGUUUGCACGAGAGACACUCGCAGGCGUCAACCCAGUAAUCAUCAGUAGGCUGCAAGAAUUCCCCCCUGCAAGCAAGCUUGAUCCUGAAGUAUAUGGAAACCAGAAAAGUACCAUUACAAAGGAACAUAUUGAGAGAAACAUGGAUGGAUUCACUGUGGAAGAUGCUCUAAAACACAACAAAUUGUUUAUAUUGAACCAUCACGAUGCCUUGAUGCCUUACUUGGCAAGGAUAAAUUCCACUACCACAAAGACUUAUGCCACAAGAACUCUGUUUUUCCUACAAGAGGAUGACACGCUGAAGCCAUUGGCAAUCGAGUUGAGCUUGCCGCAUCCGCAAGGCGACAGCCACGGUGCUGUAAGCAAAGUUUUCACCCCGGCUGAGGAUGGUGUUGGAAGUUCGAUCUGGCAGUUGGCUAAAGCUUAUGCUGCUGUGAAUGAUUCUGGCUACCAUCAGCUGGUUUCUCAUUGGUAUGAUGCUGAAAUGCCGAUGCUUGAUGCUUUAUGUAUUUCAAAUUUAGCAACUUGUUGUCAUGUUUGCAGGUUAAACACCCAUGCUGUAAUCGAGCCAUUUAUAAUCGCUGCUAAUAGACAGCUGAGUGUGGUUCACCCUAUAUAUAAGCUUCUUCAUCCCCAUUUCCGUGAUACAAUGAACAUAAAUGCUUUGGCUCGUCAGACACUCAUCAAUGCCGGUGGUGUACUUGAAUUAACAGUCUUUCCAGGAAAAUAUGCACUUGAAAUGUCAUCUGCUAUUUACAGGAACUGGGUUUUCACUGAACAGGCUCUCCCUGUUGAUCUAGUUAAGAGAGGAAUGGCAGUGCCGGAUUCGAGCUGUCCCUAUGGACUCAAAUUGAUGAUAAACGAUUACCCAUACGCCGUUGAUGGGUUAGAAAUCUGGGCCGCCAUUGAAACCUGGGUAACCGAGUACUGUUCUUUCUACUACCCAUCAGAUGAAACAGUAAAAAACGACACUGAAAUCCAAUCAUGGUGGUCGGAGGUCAAAAACGAAGGCCACGGCGAUUUAAGAAACGAACCAUGGUGGCCGGAGAUGAACACAUUAGCCGAUCUCACCCAAGCAUGUACCAUCAUCAUAUGGAUAGCUUCCGCUUUCCACGCAGCUGUCAAUUUCGGACAAUACCCAUACGCCGGAUACCUCCCAAACAGACCAACAGUCAGCCGUCGGUUCAUGCCGGAACCAGGCACCAAAGAAUACGACGAGCUCGAAAACGACCCAGAUUUGGCUUUCUUGAAAACAAUCACCGCACAGUUCCAAACUUUACUAGGUGUAUCACUUAUAGAAGUCUUAUCAAGGCAUUCAACCGAUGAAAUAUACUUGGGGCAAAGAGAUACAGCGGAAUGGACCACCGACGAUGAACCCUUAGCCGCAUUUGAAAGAUUCGGGAAGAAACUGUUGGAAAUUGAGAGUAGGAUUAUGGAAAGAAACAAUGAUAGUAAAUUGAAGAACAGAGUUGGACCGGUGAAGGUGCCGUAUACAUUAUUGUAUCCUAAUACAUCGGAUUACAGCAGAGAAGGUGGGCUUACAGGGAAGGGAAUCCCCAAUAGUAUCUCGAUAUAAAGCUCUUUGCCAUUGGCAGGCUUUCCAUGGCAGGAAAGUAUCGAUUUAUGGGAAUAUAAUAGAUUUUCCCUUUUUUUUUUUGGGGGUGUGUAAACUUCAACCAAAAGGUAAGUUAGAGAUGUCAAAGAAUAAAUUAGAUUCAUUGCUUGUGCAGAAUUAGAUAAAUAAAUAAAGGCAGUUUCUGGAUAUGAUCGGAGAAUAUAGGGAAGAGUGGUCCAAGUGGAGAGGAUGACUUAGGGAUGCCAACUUUAUUUGGGUUUAAUCCGAUAAUUCUAGCAUUAUUUUUCGAUUUUAAA